AGGACAGCCCUGGCGUCCUUGGAGUCCGAGGCCCUGCCAGCAGGUCUGGGGGCGGGGACGGAACCAGUUUCUCCAGCCGCGGGUCCAGUGAGGAAUCUGCCGCUUCCCUGCCGUCUGCUUCGGGCUCCUGCCACCUCCAGUUUCCAGAAUGCCUGGCCCGACCCCCAGUGGCACCAACGUGGGCUCCUCAGGACGCUCCCCGAGUAAAGCGGUGGCCGCCCGGGCGGCGGGUAGCACGGUCCGGCAGAGGAAAAAUGCCAGCUGUGGAACAAGGAGCGCGGGCCGCACGACCUCAGCAGGCACUGGGGGGAUGUGGCGGUUCUACACGGAAGACUCCCCUGGCCUCAAAGUUGGCCCUGUUCCAGUAUUGGUUAUGAGUCUUCUGUUCAUCGCUUCUGUAUUUAUGUUGCACAUUUGGGGCAAGUACACUCGUUCAUAGAUUUGGCUACAUCCAUCUGUCAUCUGAAGAAGGAGAAAAAAAAUCAAUAUAUCUUGGACCAAAAGCAUAGUGAUUUUCUGUUCAUGAGAAAGAAAUUUUCUGUAAGCUUACUGUUUUACAGGGAACUUAACGAGAAUUGAUUUUAAGGAUCAAUUUUUUUUCUAUGGCUAAUAAACUUUUUAAUUCAUUUA